AUGUGCCCAUCUUGUAUACUUGGCUGCUUGCUUGAACAUUCGCUUCAUCUUUGGGAGGACUGGCGGCACGACUGGGUCUACGUCGACGUCAACCCCCACGAUCGCCUCGCGCUGCCGAAGGCGGUGGCGGAGCCCCACAGGCCGACCUGGGAGGCGGCUCCGACGGAGGACGAGCGGAUGCGGCCGGUCUUGAACCGCAUCGAUGAUCUGCGUCAGGCGGGGCUGACGUCGGUGAUGUCGUCGUCCUCAUCGUCGCUGUCGUCUCCACGGCGGUGGCCGGUGGCGGGCAGCGCGAAGGAGGGAGGCCGGGGCGGCCAAUCAUCCGGUGGGGAGUCCGCGACGGAGGCAAGGUCCAAGGCGCGGGAGCCCGAAGACCAAGGCCAGGCCGACGGCGCGACAGCGGGCGCCCGGGCCAACCCACCAUCGGAGGCAGGCUCCACGGUGGCCCCUCAACGGCUCGAGGGACAGAGCCCCCCGUCGAAGGGGAGGAAGGCAGACCCUGGGCCGAAGCCGCAGGGCCCGGAGUUCAAGAUUCCAGAGUCCCGGUGGCAAUACCGCGGACCGAAAUCUAUGAAGCCCAAGGAUCCCGCCGGAGACCAAAGGCGACCAGAGGUGCCAAGGCAGGCUCCUGCCCCCGAGCCGAGCGCGCCCGCGCCUGAUCCGAGAGUGCCGACCGAACCGGAGCCGUAG